GAUGAAACGUGCCCCAUAAGUGUUUACCGCCCAGCACCCAAGCCACCCACUUGUUACCGCCAUCUCGCUCGCACCCACACACUCGUCGCGUCGCGUUGCGUUGCGAUUUCCACAAUUUUCACAAUUGAAAAGUUGCAACAGCAGAAAGUAAUAGAAGCUCGGCUCGCAUGCAAUUUUCAUUAGUGGGAAAAUUGUUUGAUAUUUAAGAGGCAAGCGGGCAGACACACAGCCACACAGACACAUUCCAAGCCAAAUUAAUAAUAGAAAAAGGCAACCAAAAAACAAAUAAAAGUUUAAACCCAAACGAAACACACUCGAGGGGGCGAGCGGAGAGCCAAACGACCAAAAUGUGGCGGCAGUCAACGAUACUGGCCGCGUUACUAGUGGCUCUUUUGUGUGCGGGCAGUGCAGAAAGCAAAGGCAAUCGCCCACCAAGAAUCACCAAGCAACCGGCACCCGGAGAACUGCUCUUCAAAGUAGCGCAACAGAACAAGGAAGUUGACAAUCCCUUCAUAAUCGAGUGCGAAGCCGAUGGACAACCCGAGCCAGAAUACAGUUGGAUCAAGAACGGCAAGAAGUUCGACUGGCAGGCGUACGACAACCGCAUGCUGCGACAGCCAGGUCGUGGAACCCUGGUGAUCACCAUUCCCAAGGACGAGGAUCGCGGCCACUACCAGUGCUUCGCGUCCAACGAAUUCGGAACGGCCACCUCGAACUCGGUGUAUGUGCGAAAGGCUGAGCUGAAUGCGUUCAAGGAUGAGCCGGCGAAGACGCAGGAGGCCGUCGAGGGUGAGCCCUUCACGCUGAAGUGUGCCGCACCCGAUGGCUUCCCCAGUCCCACGGUCAACUGGAUGAUACAGGACUCCAUCGAUGGCAACAUCAAGUCGAUCAACAACUCCCGCAUGACCCUCGAUCCCGAGGGCAAUCUCUGGUUCUCGAAUGUUACCCGCGAGGAUGCCAGCUCCGAUUUCUACUACGCCUGCUCGGCCACCUCGGUGUUCCGCAGCGAGUACAAGAUCGGCAACAAGGUGCUCCUGGAUGUCAAGCAGAUGGGUGUUAGUGCCUCGCAGAACAAGCAUCCGCCCGUGCGUCAGUAUGUGUCGCGUCGCCAGUCGUUGGCGCUGCGUGGCAAGCGAAUGGAACUGUUUUGCAUCUACGGUGGAACCCCGCUGCCGCAGACCGUGUGGAGCAGGGACGGCCAGCGGAUACAGUGGAGCGAUCGCAUAACGCAAGGACACUAUGGCAAAUCCCUGGUCAUUCGGCAGACGAACUUCGAUGAUGCCGGCACAUACACCUGUGACGUGUCCAACGGCGUGGGCAAUGCCCAGUCCUUCUCCAUCAUCCUGAACGUUAACUCCGUGCCGUACUUCACCAAAGAACCUGAAAUCGCCACCGCCGCCGAGGACGAAGAGGUGGUCUUCGAGUGUCGCGCUGCUGGUGUUCCAGAGCCCAAGAUCAGUUGGAUUCACAAUGGCAAGCCCAUCGAGCAGAGCACUCCCAAUCCCCGACGCACGGUUACGGACAACACCAUCCGCAUCAUCAAUCUGGUUAAGGGCGAUACUGGCAACUACGGUUGCAACGCCACCAAUUCCCUGGGUUACGUAUACAAGGAUGUCUACCUUAAUGUGCAGGCUGAGCCGCCAACGAUCUCUGAAGCUCCGGCAGCUGUGUCCACUGUGGACGGCAGGAACGUGACCAUCAAGUGCCGGGUUAAUGGAUCCCCCAAGCCUCUGGUUAAGUGGCUGAGGUCCAGCAAUUGGCUGACCGGAGGUCGUUACAAUGUCCAGUCCAACGGCGAUCUGGAGAUCCAGGAUGUGACAUUCUCGGAUGCCGGCAAAUACACGUGCUAUGCGCAGAAUAAGUUUGGCGAAAUCCAAGCCGAUGGCUCGCUGGUGGUCAAGGAGCACACCCGAAUCACCCAGGAGCCGCAGAACUACGAGGUGGCCGCCGGACAAUCGGCCACGUUCCGCUGCAACGAGGCCCACGACGAUACGCUGGAGAUCGAGAUCGAUUGGUGGAAGGAUGGCCAGUCCAUUGACUUUGAGGCCCAGCCGCGAUUCGUGAAGACCAACGAUAAUUCCCUGACGAUUGCCAAGACAAUCGAGCUGGAUUCUGGCGAGUACACGUGCGUGGCCAGGACGCGAUUGGAUGAGGCCACGGCCAGGGCGAAUUUGAUUGUCCAGGAUGUGCCGAAUGCACCAAAGCUCACGGGCAUCACCUGCCAGGCCGACAAGGCCGAGAUCCACUGGGAGCAACAGGGCGACAAUCGUUCGCCCAUCCUGCACUACACCAUCCAGUUCAACACAUCCUUCACGCCCUCCUCCUGGGAUGCCGCCUACGAGAAGGUGCCCAACACGGACUCCUCGUUCGUGGUCCAGAUGUCGCCGUGGGCCAACUACACGUUCCGCGUGAUUGCCUUCAACAAGAUCGGAGCAUCGCCGCCGUCGGCGCACAGCGAUAGCUGCACCACCCAGCCGGAUGUGCCGUUCAAGAAUCCCGACAAUGUCGUUGGCCAGGGCACUGAGCCCAACAACCUGGUCAUCUCCUGGACACCCAUGCCCGAGAUCGAGCACAAUGCCCCCAAUUUCCACUAUUAUGUGAGCUGGAAACGCGAUAUCCCUGCUGCUGCGUGGGAGAACAAUAACAUAUUCGACUGGCGACAAAACAACAUUGUGAUUGCCGAUCAGCCGACGUUCGUGAAGUACCUGAUCAAGGUGGUGGCCAUCAACGAGAGGGGCGAGUCCAAUGUGGCCGCCGAGGAGGUGGUUGGCUACUCUGGCGAAGAUCGUCCCCUGGACGCUCCCACCAACUUUACAAUGAGGCAGAUCACAUCCUCGACCAGUGCCUAUAUGGCAUGGGAUCCCGUAAGUGAGGAAUCGGUGCGGGGACACUUCAAGGGCUACAAGAUCCAGACGUGGUCGGAGAACGAGGGCGAGGAGGGUCUGCGAGAGAUCCACGUGAAGGGCGAUGCCCACAACGCUCUGGUCACCCAGUUCAAGCCCGACUCGAAGAACUUUGCCCGCAUUCUGGCCUACAAUGGACGCUUCAAUGGCCCACCCAGUGCCGUCCUCGAUUUCAAUACUCCCGAGGGUGUGCCAUCGCCGGUUCAGGGUUUGGACGCCUAUCCCCUGGGCUCCUCGGCCUUCAUGCUCCACUGGAAGAAGCCGCUGUAUCCCAACGGCAAGCUCACUGGCUACAAGAUCUACUACGAGGAGGUCAAGGAGAGCUAUGUGGGCGAGCGACGCGAACACGAUCCCCACAUCACCGAUCCCAGGAUCACGCACAUGAAGAUGGCCGGCCUGAAGCCCAACUCCAAGUACCGCAUCUCCAUCACGGCCACCACGAAAAUGGGCGAGGGAUCUGAACACUACAUCGAGAAGACCACGCUUAAGGAUGCCGUCAAUGUGGCCCCUGCCACGCCCUCCUUCUCCUGGGAGCAACUGCCAUCCGACAAUGGGCUAGCCAAGUUCCGCAUCAACUGGCUGCCAAGUACCGAGGGUCAUCCGGGCACUCACUUCUUCACGAUGUACAGAGUCAAGGGCGAAACCCAAUGGAUACGCGAAAAUGAGGAGAAGAACUCCGACUACCAGAUAGUCGGUGGCUUGGAUCCGGAGACCGCCUACGAGUUCAGUGUGGUCUCCGUGGAUGGCCACUUCGCCACGGUGAGUGCCACGCAGGAGAUCGACACGAACACCGUGGAGGGACCAAUAAUGGUGGCCAACGAGACGGUGGCCAAUGCCGGCUGGUUCAUUGGCAUGAUGCUGGCCCUGGCCUUCAUCAUCAUCCUGUUCAUCAUCAUCUGCAUUAUCCGACGCAAUCGGGGCGGAAAGUACGAUGUCCACGAUCGGGAGCUGGCCAACGGUCGGCGGGAUUAUCCCGAAGAGGGCGGUUUCCACGAGUACUCGCAGCCGUUGGAUAACAAGAGCGCUGGUCGCCAAUCCGUGGGUUCAGCGAACAAACCCGGCGUGGAAAGCGAUACCGAUUCGAUGGCCGAAUACGGUGAUGGCGACACAGGACAAUUCACCGAGGAUGGCUCCUUCAUUGGCCAGUAUGUUCCUGGAAAGCUCCAACCGCCGGUUAGUCCACAGCCACUGAACAAUUCCGCUGCGGCGCAUCAGCCGGCGCCAACUGCCGGAGGAUCGGGAGCCGCAGGAUCGGCAGCAGGAGCAGCCGGAGCCUCGGGAGCAUCGUCCGCCGGAGGAGCAGCUGCCGGAGGAGCCUCUGCCAGCAAUGGAGGAGCUGCAGCCGGAGCCGUGGCCACCUACGUCUAAGAGGCGUGGCUGGGAUUCACUUGCCCCUUGUUCUCCUGAUUUUUUACCAAUCGAUUCAAACGCCUCUUAAACAAAAAGAAACUUUGUGUAAUUCUAUGUGUAAAACGAAAACUGCUUUAAGUGUCUGCAAAAAAGAAAAAACAAAAAGAAAGAUGAAAACAUUAUAAUUAACUCAAAUCGAGAAACAAUUGUAAAGUGAAGGAAAACUCGCAUGAAUUUAAAGCAUAUAAUUUUGCUUCUUUUGGCUUAUGAAAUUAUUAUAGCAAACAGUUAAACGCCUUUUCAAAAACAAAAACAAAGAAACUUUUGUAUAAGCUUAAAAAAAAAAAAGAAAACCAAAACACAAAAAUUGAAUGUAAACGUUGACAAAUGUAUGGAGAAGUAGAAGGACGAUUAAUGAUAAUGCCUGUUUUGUGUAAUAUUUUUUUUACUAAAAUACCUUUAAGUUAUUGGUGGCACAAGGAUUAUUAUCUACAUGGAAACCGAGUCGAGUUUGUAAACCAAAGAGCCGGCGAUCGAAGAAGUCGAGUGAGGGAAUGCAGGCAAUAGCGACAGAUAGAUAUAUAUGUAUAUAUAGAUAUGUGUAUAUAUCGAUUCCGGUCUAAGCCAAACUAGGAACUGUUCAAAAUGUACAAAAACCAAGGCUUAAAUGUGAACCAUCAGGCAGCUUCGCUCAAUGAUUGACUGAAUUGCGAAGAUAAUGCCUUGACUAUUUUGCAAUCCACUAGACAGUACAGUACAGUACAGUGCAGUACAGUACGGUACAUAACUGCUCGUUAAUGUCCAACGACUAACCAAAUAUCGAUGUGUUCAACUAGCAGCAAGUCAAAUACUCAACUUGACCUCGACUACAGUUCGCCACAAUCAAAGACUUUAGGGCAGAGCAGAGUUUCCAGCGCCAGUUCAAGAAAUCCAGGAGAAGCUUCGUCGGCAAUUCGAAUAUAUGUAUAUCGUAUAAGUUCCGAUUUUCGUCCAUAGUCUAAUGCAAUUUUUCGCGUAUAGUGUUUAAACAGAAUCCUUUCAUUUUGUCCAUUAAUGAGUUAAGUAAAGCAAAUUAGUUAAUUAACAAAUUAGUUGGCCCACUCGCACGAGUCGGUCAUUGUAACCUAUAUUAUAUAUGAUAAUACGCAGCUGACAAACC